AUGAAGAAGGUAAAGCUUGAAUUUUUUACACUAUCCAAUAGACUCACACUGAUUCAAAUUUUCACGUUGUUGAUGCUUAUCUACAUGCUCUUCAUGAGCUUUGAAAUUCCCUUAGCUUUCAAAGCAGGGGUUGGUUCAGAAAAAGUUGCUAUUGGGUUUCUCACCGACUCAAUGCCGCUUUUGGCAGAACAAAACCGCCAAGAAAUUCGACCCUUUGGGUUUCGGUUACAGAAAGUUUCAACUUUGAGCUUCAACAAGAGUUUUGAUGGUGCAUCAGAGCUUCAGAAGGUAGCAAAACAAGCUUACAUUUCGGGGAAGAAGUUAUGGGAGGAAGUUGAGAGUGGUAAAGUUAAGAGCUUUUCGGGUUUUAGAGUCGAAAACAGUUCGGAUACUUGUUUGAAUUCGGUUUCAGUUUCUGGGUUUGAGUUUAGAGAGAAGAUGAAAGGGGUUAUGGUUUUGCCUUGUGGGUUGACACUUUGGUCUCAUGUGACUGUUGUGGGGACACCACGUUGGGCUCAUGGGGAGAGUGAUUCGAAGAUUGGGGUUGUGAAAGAUGGUGAUGAGCCUGUGAUGGUUUCGCAGUUUAUGAUGGAGUUGCAGGGUUUGAAAGCGGUUGAUAAUGAAGAACCGCCAAAGAUAUUGCAUUUUAAUCCCAGGCUUAAAGGGGAUUGGAGUGGGAAGCCUGUUAUUGAGCAGAAUACUUGUUAUAGGAUGCAAUGGGGUACUGCUCUUCGUUGUGAGGGAUGGAAGUCUCGUGCUGAUGAGGAAACUGUUGAUGGACAGGUGAAAUGUGAAAAAUGGAUUCACGAUGAUGAUAACCGAUCAGAAGAGUGGAAGGCGACAUGGUGGUUGAACAGACUAAUGGGUCGGAAAAAAGUCGUGCAUGUGGACUGGCCAUUUCCUUUUGCUGAAGGGAAGUUAUUUGUUCUAACCAUAAGUGCUGGCUUGGAAGGUUAUCAUAUCACUGUGGAUGGGAGGCAUGUGACGUCCUUUCCAUAUCGCACAGGCUUUGCUCUUGAGGAUGCUACUGGACUAUCAAUUAAUGGGGACGUCGAUGUGCACUCUAUAUAUGCUGCUUCCUUACCUACAUCACAUCCUAGCUUUGCUCCGCAGAUGCAUCUUGAAUUGCUUCCUCAGUGGAAGGCUCCACCUAUUCUUGGUGUGAAUGUCGAGCUUUUCAUUGGUAUCCUUUCUGCUGGAAACCAUUUUGCAGAACGUAUGGCAGUUAGGAAGUCAUGGAUGCAACAUAAGCUAAUCAAAUCCUCACAUAUUGUGGCUCGGUUUUUCGUAGCCUUGCAUACAAGGAAAGAUAUAAACGUGGAAAUAAAGAAAGAAGCUGAGUAUUUCGGCGAUAUUAUUAUAGUCCCGUACAUGGAUCAUUAUGACCUUGUUGUUUUGAAGACCAUAGCUAUAUGUGAAUAUGGGAUUCGCACAGUGGCUGCCAAGUAUAUAAUGAAGUGUGAUGAUGACACAUUUGUUAGAGUGGAUUCUAUCAUAAGCGAGACAAGAGAAUUUGGAAGUGAUGAAAGCCUUUAUAUGGGAAAUAUGAAUUACCAUCACAGGCCUCUUCGCGAUGGGAAAUGGGCUGUAACCUACGAGGAAUGGAUAGAGGAAGAGUAUCCUCCCUAUGCUAACGGUCCAGGUUACAUCGUCUCAUCUGACAUUGCUCAGUUCAUUGUAUCCGAAUUUGAACAGCAAAGAUUAAAAUUGUUUAAAAUGGAAGACGUGAGCAUGGGAAUGUGGGUAGAGAAAUUCAACAGCUCAAAAGAAGUAGAAUAUGUUCACAGUUUCAAGUUCUGCCAAUUCGGUUGCAUCGAAGAUUACUACACCGCACAUUACCAAUCGCCGAGACAAAUGACAUGCAUGUGGGAUAAAUUGCAACAUCAAGGUAAACCACUAUGCUGCAACAUGAGAUGA